AUGGGAACUCCAUACGAAUAUCAACAAGCCUCCAAGUGCGCGCCUGGACAAGUGAUUAUUGAACCAAGGAGGCCCCUAUCAGUACAAAGACUCUUCCUAGUGAAAUGUGAGCUGCUUCCUGACUCGCUCGAAACUGGGCAGGAUCUGUGGACCACGGCCAUUAAUCUUAAAUGUACUGUACUAAGCGAAAACAUUGGCCAGCAGUGUCCUCCCAGAGAUGAAAUGAACAACGCAGGCGGUGUAAUAUCAGCCCUUUACCGAUGUCUGCCCACGGCGUUCACAGUCAGAAUAAUGAGCUCAUCAAAGGAUCGAGCCCCCAGUGACACUGCCACCUUGACCGGGACUGGGGUUGUACUUCUUGGCCCGCCUAAGGUUAGUUGGACGAACUCAUUUGGCAAAGUCCGCAACUUGAUCCUUGAUGAUGAUGAUGAUGAUCCUCAUGGAAUCGAUCAGGUUCCACAUGAAACCGUGGCCAUGAAUAGUUCCGUCAUCCUAACGGCGGCGGCAUCACCUAUCCCCCCAAAUGGUGGCCGGAUCCAUGUUGUAAACGGCGAAAUGGCUCCCGAAGGAACGAGAACAUAUGCAGAAACGUGUGGGUCGAAUCUCAUAAACAUCAAUUGA